AUGCUCCUGAAUAGUGCGAUCACGCCCCAUUGCAGGGGUGUUUUGCGCCCAUGCUCGCAGAGAUUGCGCUCGCCACAUAUUGGCCGGCAGCGACCACUGCUGCUGCUGGCGAAAUCAUUCGUUUCGCAGCCUUUGGCCGAAGAUGGCGAUAGAGCUUCACGACGUCAAUCCCUUUCAGUACCCGCGUUGUCUAGGUUUAACGAGAUCGGAGUGCAGCAACUGAGCGAUUAUGUAUAUUCUCAAGUUUUCCCGAAUAAGGCGCGAUCGCCAGAUCCGGAACUAGUCGCGCUCUCGAAGGAGCAUCUUUCAAGGCAUGACCUGCUUGGAAAGUCUCAGGAUGCCGCGGAGCCCAUUGCAUUCGACUUACCUGCCCUACAAGGACAGACCAUGGACGAGCAUUUCUUCAAACUCGGAAUGGACGCAUCCGAGCCUUAUUUGACAUACGCCAAACGCUAUGCCACCAUCAACUGUCCGGACAAGCCACGCAAGUGGAUCAAACGCAGCGGAUGGACCAAAUAUAACAGUGACGGCUCGUGGGAGCCUGUAAAUGCACCCAAUGAGUCGAUGCUUACGUUCGAUACCGAGGUUAUGUAUAAGGAGCAUUCGUUCGCUGUGAUGGCCUGUGCGGUAAGCCCUACGGCUUGGUACGCUUGGCUAUCCCCGUGGUUGCUCGGAGAAUCGGAGAAUGAAGUGCAAUUCAUACCUUUGGGGGAUACAGCACAGUCAAGAAUUGUCGUUGGGCACAAUAUCGGAUACGAUCGAGCGCGCGUUUUGGAAGAGUAUGAUAUGAGACAAACACGCAAUUUUUUCCUCGAUACCAUGUCACUGCACGUCGCUGUGAAUGGCAUGUGCUCGCAGCAAAGGCCUACAUGGAUGCGUCACAAGAAAAAUAAGGACUUGAGGGACAAGAUUGCGAAUGAGAGAAACUCCGUUGAGUUGGCUGCUCUGAUCGAUAGCAAAGUGCUUAGUGAUGAGGAAGAGGAACUAUGGGUGGGAAGAAGUUCAGUGAAUUCGCUGCGCGAUGUGGCCAAAUUUCAUUGCGAUGUCACUAUCGAUAAGUCGCAGAGAGAUUAUUUCGGGGAACUCGAUAGGCAUCAGAUCCUGGAAAAGCUGGAGGAGUUACUGGAUUACUGUGCUGCAGACGUUGCCAUCACUCAUCGUGUGUACAAGAAGGUGUUUCCGAACUUUCUCGAGGUCUGUCCUCACCCAGUCAGUUUUGGGGCUCUUCGGCAUCUCAGCUCGGUGAUACUGCCUGUUAAUCAAUCUUGGAAAGAAUAUCUCACCAACGCAGAAACAACGUACCAUCAACGACUCGACGAUGUGCAACGGAAACUGAUUGAACUCUGUAACGAAGCACUUAAGGUCAAGGACAAUCCGGAUGUCUACAUGAAUGAUGCCUGGUUGCAGCAGCUAGACUGGUCCGGCCAAGAGAUCAAAAUGGUCAAAGGCAAGAAGAAGGGCGAUCCUCCACGGCCAGCUGCAAGGCAGAAGAAGCCAGGGAUGCCUCAGUGGUAUAAGGAUCUCUUUCCGUCGAGUAACGCAGCCAUCAACCUAACUGUGCGCACCCGCAUUGCACCUCUACUCCUCAAGCUGUCGUGGAGCGGAUACCCUUUAACAUGGUCCGACAAAUUUGGGUGGACGUUUAAAGUCCCAAAUGAUCAGGUCAAGAAAUUUGAAAAUCAGCCUGUGGUUAUCUGUGAUAUGUCGGACGAAAAGAAUGUCGAAUUGCGAGACGAUCGCAAGCAUGUGUACUUCAAACUUCCUCACAAGGAUGGGCCACAAGCACGCUGCGUCAAUCCGCUAGCGAAAAGCUACAUGCAACACUUUGAGCGUGGGACUCUUUCCUCCCAAUAUGCGCUCGCGAAGGAAGCUCUCGAUAUGAACGCUUCCUGCUCAUACUGGAUUAGCGCGCGUGAUCGGAUCAUGAGCCAGAUAGUUGUCUACGAAGACCAGGUUCGAGAGAUGAAAUCUGCCGACGGCGCAGCCAAUCGGUUAGGCUUCAUUUUGCCUCAAAUUAUUCCCAUGGGCACAAUCACUCGGCGAGCAGUGGAAAAUACUUGGCUGACAGCUAGUAAUGCUAAAGCAAACCGUGUUGGAUCUGAGCUCAAGGCUAUGAUCAAGGCUCCGCCAGGCUAUGUCUUCGUCGGCGCCGAUGUUGAUUCGCAGGAGUUAUGGAUUGCCAGUCUUGUUGGAGAUGCGCAAUUCCAGCUUCACGGAGGCAACGCUAUUGGUUUUAUGACUUUGGAAGGUUCGAAGGCCGCCGGAACUGACAUGCAUUCUCGGACAGCCCAUAUUUUGGGAAUUUCGCGCAAUGACGCUAAGGUCUUCAAUUAUGGGCGCAUCUAUGGCGCUGGUCUCAAGUUUGCCGCCACCCUUCUUCGCCAGUUCAACCCAUCUAUGUCCGAGAAAGAAACUCAGGAAGUCGCAAGCAAACUUUACAAAGAAACCAAGGGUGCUCGCACCUCUCGUCGUAUAUUGAGCGAGAAUCCUUUCUGGCGGGGAGGUACAGAAUCCUUUGUCUUCAAUAAGCUUGAGGAGUUCGCCGAGCAAGAAAGACCGAGGACGCCUGCCCUGGGUGCUGGAAUUACCGAAGCGCUGAUGCGUCGUUUCAUCAACAAGGGAAGCUUCAUGACAUCUCGAAUCAAUUGGGCAAUUCAAUCAUCUGGUGUCGAUUAUCUUCAUCUCCUAAUUAUCGCCAUGGACUAUAUCAUCCGACGCUAUAACAUAGGCGCUCGCCUAGCGAUCACUGUUCAUGACGAGAUCCGGUAUCUUGUCAAGGAAGAAGACAAGUAUCGUGCUGCCAUGGCUUUACAAGUGGCAAAUGUCUGGACUCGCGCUAUGUUCUCGCAACAAGUCGGCAUUGAUGACCUCCCACAAUCUUGUGCCUAUUUCUCGGCUGUGGAUAUUGACCAUGUCUUGCGUAAAGAAGUUGACAUGGACUGUGUGACCCCAUCACACCCGCACAAGAUUCCUCAUGGUGAAAGCUUGGAUAUCAGCCAAUUACUGAAGAAGAACGAGGAAGCUUAUCUUGAUCCAUCGAUCGUCCCUGCGUCUGCGCCAUCGCCUCAGGAAUACAGUUACACGCCGCGAGAAUCCGUAAUGGCCGCGCUCCAAGCCACAAAUCAUCCUGCCUUUAUCCGGGCACAGAUCACCAAGGACGACAAGGAGCUCCGAGAAAUCAUCAAGGAGGUGACCAAGGUCAAAUCGUCCACCGCCCCCACCACUCGCUCCACUCGAAAUAACACGAAGUCGGCCUUCCAUUCAGCAGAGCCUCAGAAGGCUGUUUUGAUGGACAUCGAAUCCGGCCUCUACCAGGACUUCCGAAGCCUACCGCAAGGGAGCAGGCAUCCCAACUUUGGCAUCAAUCGUCAGUCCUGGAAACCCAGGCCGGCUGCUCGGCCGUAG